UGUUCCUCCGUACUCUGGCGAGUAAGCUCAGCAUGAACCAAGAAAUCCUAACUGACAGACAACCACCACAGAGUGAGGAACAAGGACAACAUCCACAGCCGCAUGGGGCCGUCGCGCAAGAGCACACACCACAUGACCAGCAGCUGCAGCAAGGCGGUGGCCCGGACCCGACGUCGUCCGGCCACCUGCGGCGCAAGAUCACUCUGAUUCCGCUCGUCUUCCUCAUCUACUUCGAGGUGGCAGGCGGCCCGUAUGGCUCCGAGAAGGCUGUCCGCGCGGCGGGCCCGCUGUUCACGCUGCUCGGCUUCCUCAUCUUCCCCUUCGCGUGGGGCGUUCCGGAGUCGCUCGUCACCGCCGAGCUCGCCACCGCGUUCCCGGGCAACGGCGGCUUCGUCCGGUGGGCCGACCACGCCUUUGGCCCGCUCGCCGGCUCCCUCCUCGGCACGUGGAAGUACCUCAGCAUCGUCAUCAACAUCGCCGCCUACCCGGCCCUCGUCGCCGACUACCUUGGCGGCGUGGCCCCAGCGGUCGCGCAGCCCGGCAGGACGCGCACGGGCACGGUGAUCGGCAUGACGCUGUUCCUCUCCUUCGUGAACUACGUUGGCCUGAGCAUUGUAGGCUGGGGCACGGUGGCGCUGGGGGUAGUGUCGCUGGCCCCAUUCGUGCUGAUGACGGCGAUGGCGGUGCCCAAGGUGCGGCCGCGUCGGUGGGCGGCGCAGGUGAGUGGGAGGAAGGACUGGAGGCUCUUCUUCAACACGCUGUUCUGGAACCUCAACUACUGGGACAGCGCGAGCACCAUGGCCGGCGAGGUGGAGCGGCCGGAGCGGACGUUCCCGCGGGCGCUGGCGCUGGCGG